ACUUUUUCCCCAAAUAUCAAAAUUCAUUCCCUCAUUUCACUUUGAUCUGAUCCCAAUUCCAUUCAUUCAUUCAUUCGUUCUUCUUCUUUCACCAACAACAAAGAAAACAGAGAAACUUUCAUUUCAUAUAUUUUCAUCAUCGCAGCAAAGGAAUCAAUCAAUCAAAAACCAUGGCAGGCUUCAGUGGCGACGAAACCGCUCCUUUCUUCGGCUUCCUCGGUGCCGCUGCGGCCCUCGUCUUCUCCUGUAUGGGAGCGGCGUACGGAACGGCAAAGAGUGGGGUGGGGGUGGCGUCGAUGGGCGUGAUGAGGCCGGAGCUGGUGAUGAAGUCGAUCGUGCCGGUGGUUAUGGCGGGAGUGUUGGGGAUUUACGGUUUGAUUAUUGCGGUUAUUAUCAGCACUGGGAUAAACCCAAAGGCUAAGUCUUACUAUCUCUUUGAUGGCUAUGCCCACUUGUCCUCUGGCCUCGCCUGUGGCCUCGCUGGCCUCUCUGCUGGAAUGGCCAUUGGGAUUGUUGGUGAUGCUGGUGUCAGGGCUAAUGCCCAGCAGCCGAAGCUGUUUGUUGGUAUGAUUCUUAUCUUGAUUUUCGCUGAAGCUCUUGCUCUGUAUGGCCUCAUUGUGGGUAUCAUCCUCUCAUCUCGGGCAGGCCAAUCUCGUGCUGAUUAAAAGGAGUCAACUUGGUGGUACUUCGUAGUUCCGUAAAUUUUAUAUCAGGCUUGUAUUUGAAAUGGGAGAUACUUGUCUUUUAUAUAUUACUAUUAUUUCAUUUGUUUUCGUACACAAACCCUGUAUCCAAACUGCAUCAGUUUUAUGAAGCAUUUUCCUUUGGAUUACAUAUUUGGAUGGCUUGUUUGAAUGUUUGUUAUGCAGAAACUCUUGAAAUUCUUGAUAAACUAAUACAAGCUAAAAGUUAACACUA